UCAUUUUUGAAACAGAGGAGCUACAGUAUUUACAGAUACUACAGCGGGAGCUCGACGGCGCAACGAGAAAGUGUUCCAGGAGGUCUCUGCACUGUUGGCCGCACGCGGAUUCACGAGAACGUUUCACCAGUGUAGAUAAAAACUUAAAAAUCUGAAGAGCGAGUAUAGAGCCGUCAAGGACCACAAAGGCCGGAGUGGUUCCAGUAGAAAAACGUGGAAGUGGUUUGACAGGAUGGACGCCAUAUACGGCCUUAGACCGGCCAACUUUGGGAGGGAGGGAGGCCUGGAGGAUGACGAUGCCGUUGUGACUAGCGACGAGGAACAGUCCCAAACAACGACUGAUGGCAGUGCACCGUCCCCAACACAAAGUCAAGCACAGACACCAACUCGAGCACAAGCAACGCCGAGCGCCAGCGCGACCCCGCAGCGUGUGGUUCUAGGCAAGAGGAAACGAAGAGAGGAGCACCUCACAGACCUGAGGGAGAUGCUCACCGCAGAUCUGCCCCAGCAGGAACGGCACCAUGAACAGAACCUGGCCCAGGAGAAACAUCACCGGGCCCAGCAGGAACGGUACCUGGCCCAGGAGGAACAGCUACAUGAACGGCACCUGACCCAGGAGGAAUGGUACCUGGCCCAGGAGGAACAGCUACAUGAACUGCAGCUAGCUGCCCGGACGAGGGAGUUGGAUGCAGGCUUUAGAAGGGAGGAGAUUGCUCAACAGCAGGCCUUCCUGACCGCUUUUCUCCAGUUGGUGCAGCAACACUUCCAAAAUUAGGAUCAAUAAAGUACUUCUUAUCUCUUGUUGAUAAAUAAUUGCAAUCAUAAGAGAAGGAGGAUAAGAGAUCAUGGGAGAAUGAGAAGGAAGGAGGAACAGUUGCUGAUACAUAUUUCUUUUGUAAUGGUAUUAAGAAUAAUACAUGUAGUGAACAUUUUAAUACCCUCGUUGUUGUUGUGGCCACUAGACUCAAACAACACAUUGCUUAUAUGAGCUGUAGAGGUGAUUUUGUAGAGCUGUAUUCCAGUGUUCAGUCUUUUUGUUAACUAGCUGCUAAGUAAGUGUAACUGGCAAAAUGGCAAGCAACUAUGUGCUAUAUAUAUAUGUGUAUAUGCCGUUAAUAACUGCAAUAUAUACCUGGCUGCUAAA